AUGUCACAUACAGCAGACUUCCUCACAUCCAAAGAGACACAGGGCGCUCCUGGUUAUGACGUGUCCUCAUCACCACCAUCAUAUGAAGAGCAGCAACCUCCACCCUACUCCGAAGCUACGACAAUGCACCAUCCACAAAAAAACGAGACAACUUGCACUGGGUACGAGUCUUUCCGUGACAUCAUCCCCGAGGUCUCAUCGGAAACAACGCCACUGAUAGCCUCAUCUUCUUUUGAUGACAAGACAGUGAGAAGAGCGUUUGUCAGGAAGGUGUUCAGCAUCCUCACUCUCCAGCUGCUGUUCACCUUCAGUGUGGUGUGUGUGUUCACCUUCUCCAGCGUGGUCAAAGAGGCGGUGCAGAACAACCUGGGGGCCUACCUCAGCUCUGUCAUCAUCUUUCUCGUGGUCGCCAUCACCCUCAGCUGCUGCAAGUCUUUCAGUCGCCGCCACCCCUGGAACAUCGUUGGACUGGCGGUGGUCACCCUGAGCUUGUCAUACAUGGUGGGAACCAUCGCCUCCUUCCACGACACCACUGUUGUCGUCAUCACUAUGGGAGCAACACUCGCCAUUUCUUUUGCAAUUAUUAUGUUCUCUGCACAGACUCGUAUUGAUUUCACUGUUUGGUACGGUGUUCUGCUGAUUCUAGCGGUGGACAUGCUCAUGUUUGGGUUCUUCUGCACCUUCUACUACUCCUACGUCACCAACGUCGCCUACGGAUGUCUGGGUGCUCUGCUGUAUUCACUGUUCCUGAUGGUCGACUGCCAGCUAAUGAUGGGGACGAUGAGCUACCGUUUGGAUCCAGAGGAAUACAUCAACGCUGCUCUCCUGAUCUACCUGGACAUAGUCCUCAUCUUCCUCUACCUGCUGGGGAGGAGGUGAAACUGAGUACACUACAUUAACACACAGACACUCCAACUGUACCAUAAUGAAAAUGUACUUUGUUAUUAUGUAUAUAAUGUAACUACAAAUGAUUAUCAGUGUUUUACAGAUUUUUUUCUUGUCUCAGUUUUAGUUAAAUAAAGA